AUGGACUUGGUUGGCCUGCCCCAGCUUCUGGACCUGAUCCUUGUGCCUAGAGAUGUGUGGUUGGUCAACUUUGGGGCCCUGCGCCGUCUGCUCCCAGCCAGGAGGAAAGGGAAGAAGGAGAGCAGCAUCUCCAAGCAGGGCAGGGGGAGCCAGUUUGCCCCUGCUGAGCCCACCAUAGCGAGCAUGGGCACCCAGCAGGAGGCCAUGGAGGAAGCCCUUAUAGGAGCAGGGAGUGUCCCCAUUUGGGACACUCUAGGUACUCUCCAGGCACAGUCAGCUCUCAAUAAAGUCAGAGAGCUCAGCCACCUCUGUGCUGACCUGAAGGAGCAGGUGGCCCAGCUGGAACACCAGGCCAGACUGGGGAACCUGCAGCUGCUCUUCCUGUUGCAAGAUCGGGAGAGCAUCCACCAUGUCCUUAACUCUCUCCUGCACCAAGUGUCCUUUCUGCAGGACCAGAUGUUCUCCAUGCAGGAACAGGUGUCCUCCCUCCAGGGCCUGGACAGUGACUGGCAGGGCUGCAAGGAGAAGAUUAUUUUUUCUGCUCUAACCCUGCCCUGUUCCCUGCUCCAGGACAGCAGUGAUGACAUUGAGGACGUGUCUCUCUUUGAUGCAGAUGAUGAUGUAUCCAGGAGAUCAAAGAAGUCAAAGAUCAGGCACCCAGUGGCAUCAUUUUUCCACUUAUUCUUCCGAGUCAGUGCCAUCAUUGUCUAUCUGCUCUGUGAGCUCUUAACCAGCAGCUUUAUUGCCUGCAUGGUGACCAUUAUCCUCCUCCUCUCCUGUGACUUUUGGGCUGUAAAGAAUGUCACGGGGAGACUGAUGGUUGGUCUGCGCUGGUGGAACCAGGUGGAUGAUGAUGGGAGGAGUCACUGGGUAUUUGAAGCCAGAAAGGUAUCAGCACAAGGGAGUAAAACCUCAUCAGAAGCAGAGUCCCGAAUUUUCUGGUUAGGUCUGAUUACCUGCCCCAUGAUCUGGGUGAUAUUUGCUUUCAGUGCUCUCUUCUCUUUCAAAGUGAAGUGGCUGGCAGUGGUGGGGAUGGGAGUGGUGCUGCAGGGAGCCAACCUCUAUGGUUACAUCAGGUGCAAAGUUGGCAGUCGGAAGAACUUGACCAGCAUGGCCACCAGCUACCUGGGGAGGCAGUUCCUGCGGCAGACUGUGGCUAAAGAGGAGCAGACAGCAUCCUGAGUGUGGUGGAGGCCUCAGGCCAGACUGGAUUCACAGUAGUGGACAACAGACAAUGUUACUCUGACCAUGAGCUUGGGAGCUGCAUUCGUGAGGUGUGAUUUAAUUGAAAGAAGUAAAUAAAUUGUGGAAGACUUCAGGUUAACACUCCUAGCAAGUUCUAUUCAGUUUUCCACUAGCAGUUUGUGUUUAAAUCCUUUC